CCAAUCUUAGUAUGCGUGUACGUCAUGCUGUCACGAUCCCAAUGUUUCCCUUUAAACUGUUAGCUUUCAACUUCUCUUCCAUUGCCAACGAGCUACUCCAAAAAUGCAACUCUUUAAACAAAGUCAAGCUUCUACACCAACAACUGAUAGUGAAAGGCCUUACAACCUCAUACCCAACGGAAUUACCCAAACUCGUGGGCAUGUACGUCUCCUGCGAGGCCCCAUCACACGCCCUUGCUAUCCUCUCCUGCCUCCAUCCCUCGCCGUCGUGUGUGUUCUGGUGGAACUCUCUUAUUCGACGUGCAGUGCGUCUCCAUUUACCUCACCAAGCUCUCGAGCUUUAUCACAAUAUGCAAUCCCUUGGUUGGCGUCCUGAUGGGUACACAUUUCCUUUUCUUCUCAAGGCCUGUGGAGAGCUCCCGUCGUUCCGUCAUGGUGCUUCAUUGCAUGGAGUAGUUUGUAUUCUUGGGUAUGUAAAUAAUGUGUUUGUGGGAAAUUCGUUGGUGGCGAUGUAUAGUCGUUGUGGUGAUUUGGAUGGUGCCCGUCAAGUGUUUGACGAAAUGAUUCAUAGUGGGAUCGCCGAUAUCAUCUCGUGGAACUCAAUUGUUGCAGCUUAUAUGCAGAGUGGUGACUCAAAAAAGGCGGUGCAAAUGUUUUAUCGGAUGACAACCUAUGGAGAACGCGAAAGUCGGCUUUGCCCUGAUGCCGUUAGCCUUGUUAACAUCCUUCCUGCUUUUGCUUCUGUUCUUGCAUCUCUGCAAGGCAAGGAGGCUCAUGCUUACGCUUUGAGAACUCAGCUCAUUGAGGAUUUAUUCGUGGGUAAUGCCAUAGUCGACAUGUAUGCCAAAUGUGGAUUGAUGGAUGAUGCCCACAAAGUGUUCGUUCAAAUGCAAGUAAAGGAUGUGGUUUCUUGGAAUGCAAUGGUUACCGGAUACUCCCAGAUAGGUCGAUUUGAAGAUGCUCUUGCCCUGUUCCAAAACAUGCGACAAGAAAAGAUUGAGUUAAAUGUAGUGACUUGGAGUGCUGUAAUUGCUGGUUAUGCUCAAAGAGGCYAUGGAUAUGAAGCUCUUGAUGUUUUCCGGAAAAUGCUYGUUUCUGGCUCCGAACCAAAUGUUAUCACUCUAGUUUCUCUUCUGUCGGGCUGCGCUUGUGUGGCAACAUUGCUUCAAGGAAAAGAGAUUCAUUGUUAUGCCAUAAAACAAAUUUUGAACAUAAAGAGCAAUGACCUUGGAGAUGAGCAAAUGGUAAUCAAUUCUCUGAUYGAUAUGUAUGCCAAGUGCAAAGCCGUUGAUCUUGCAUACAAGAUUUUCGAUUCUGUUGCCCAAUUUAAUAGAAAUGUGAUCACCUGGACUGUCAUGAUCGGUGGGUAUUCUCAGCAUGGUGAAGCCAAUGAUGCAUUAGAACUAUUUUCCGAGAUGCUUAAACAAAACGAUUACAAAYMCACGAUGCCAAACGCCUUUACGAUAUCUUGCGYCCUAAUGGCCUGCGCUCGUCUUGCUGCUCUAAGACUUGGUAGGCAAAUUCAUGCUUAUGUUAUUCGCAAYAGAUAUGAAUCCGAUGUGUUAUUUGUUGACAACUGCCUCAUUGACAUGUACGUUAAAUCUGGUGAUCUUGAUGYGKCUCGUAUUGUAUUCGAUAAYAUGAAACAAACAAAUGUUGUCUCGUGGACGUCCCUCAUGACUGGGUAUGGAAUGCACGGUCGUGGUGUAGAGGCUCUUCAACUGUUUAAYGAGAUGAGAAACUYAGGUCUYCUAAUUGACGGUGUUACUUUUGUUGUCGUGCUCUACGCUUGUAGCCACUCAGGUUUGGUUGACCAGGGAUUGAACUACUUCGACGCCAUGACUAGCGAGUAUGGAAUUGUUCCUGGGGUCGAACACUACGCCUGUAUGGUUGAUCUUUUGGGUCGUGCUGGCCAUUUAGAGAAAGCCAUGGAGCUCAUCAGAGGGAUGCCUAUGGAACCCAGCCCGAUAGUGUGGGUGGCACUACUUGGUUCGUGUAGGGUUCAUACGAACGUAGAAUUAGGAGAAUACGCUUCUCGGAAGUUAUUAGAAAUCGGGUGUGAAAACGACGGAACAUAUACGCUUCUUUCCAACAUAUACGCGAAUGCGAGUCGCUGGAAAGAUGUUGCCAGGAUUCGGUAUUCGAUGAAAGAUUCGGGGAUCAACAAGAGACCCGGUUGCAGUUGGGUUCAAGGGAAGAUGGGCACUGCAACGUUCUAUGUUGGGGACAAAACGCACCCUCUCUCCGAAGAGAUAUAURUGACCCUUGCAGACCUCAUUCAUAGGAUUAAAGCCAUUGGCUACGUUCCUGAUACGAGUUUCGCUCUUCAUGAUGUUGACGAUGAGGAGAAAGGCGAUCUUCUAGUCGAACAUAGCGAGAAGCUCGCACUGGCUUAUGGGAUYCUAACGACAGCUCCUGGUGCCGUGAUCAGGAUCACGAAAAACUUGCGGGUUUGUGGGGACUGUCACACUGCAAUCAUCUACAUCUCCAAGAUCAUCGAACAUGAGAUAAUAUUGAGGGAUUCGAGUCGUUUUCAUCAUUUUAAGGAUGGAUGCUGCUCCUGCAAGGGUUAUUGGUGAAGAUUAUUCAAGUGUAGGUAUGAUAUUAUUUGGCUCUAAAGCACGAGGUAAAGAAGCUACGACCUGGUUCCAUUAAGAGGCAACCUUGAAAUCGCUAAGAGGCAAAUCAUGUUUGGCAACUAACACCUACCUCUUAAUGGUUCUAAAAACCUCUGAGCGUUUUUGUAUCUAGAUUCUAGAGUAUCCUCAAACCAUUCGGGACCCCUAUAUUUUCCAUGAGUGCCCCUUGUUCUCUUACGACCUCUGCUGCUGCCCUCUGAAGUCACCCCUGUUCUCUUACGAUCUGCUCUCUCCAAAUUGAAUCUGCAUUGUUGUUAAGGUCCAUGACCAUACGAUUCAGAGGCGCAUCUUUCCACAAUUACCCUCGUCUCGUCUACUUUGUUUGUAUUCU